GGUGAGGGAUUACGUCAUCAAAUGGGGCUACAAAUAGUGUCGCGACAUGACUGCGCUUUUUGAUCCGCAGCGGGGGCCGCUUGCAUGAGUACAAUAACCCAAAGAGGAGGCCAGACCAUCGAUCAGGGAAACACUACGACAGUAUGCCGUCUUCGUCCGCACGGGAAAAGUCUUCCAGCCCGGAAAAGACACACACGCACGGCCAGGAAGAAGCAAGUGCAAGUCCCGACCCGAAAGCGCGAUACUACUUGCAGAACCGUGGCUCUUGCCUGGUUCGGCCGCCCGUCGUCACCUUCGACGGCCACGCUACAUGGAACGAGGUGAUUGCGGAGGUGUCGCGCCGCGCGGGCACGGAGCGCGCGGUGGUCUCGGGCGACUUGCUCUGUCACAGCAGCCGGACGGAGAAAUUUCUGCGGCCCAGCGAGAUCUUUCAGUCCAUCGAAGUGAAGGGUCACGUGUGGCUGUCGGAAGACGACCCGUUCUUCAACCCGGAGGAGGAAGAAGCGAGGCGGCUCGCGGAACAAGAGGCGGCCGAAAAGGGAUUGAAGCCCUCGGCCUCCUCGUCGCAGAGCCCCAAGCGGCGCGAUCCGUACUCCGCCCGGGAUCGCCGAACCGAUGUGGAGAAGGGUUGGCCCGCGGUCCCCCCGCUGGCCGGCGGCUUGAAGCGCGGCGUGGACUACAUGAGACCGGAUAAGGUGCCCUACGGAUACAAACCGGACAAGACCUGGUGCCCCGCCGACAGCCCCGGCGGGUCCCCGAACUCUGCCCUUCCGAACCGGUCGGAGCCGUCGCCGGCGGACGCCGAUCCGGACGAAAGCCCGAAGGCACGGCAGGUGCGGCGGAGGGCGUCGCAGCGCGGCUUAGAAAAUUUCUACGAGGACCCGCCCUUCGCCAGCCGGUCGCCCGCGAGCCGCAGCUCGCCCGGCGGCGCGGGGUACGUGAAGAUUCUGACGACGGCGCAAACAGGCUACUUCGGCGGCGGUGUGGCACCAGAGGACGAAGAGCAGGACGACUCGACAUCGCCGGUGAAGAGGUACCAGCGCGCCGCUUCGUCCGCCAACGUCUCGGCGCGACCGAUGGAAGUGGUCGGCAGCUGGAGCCAGUCGGACGGGCCCUUCGCCAUCUACGACCCCGCGCUGCCGACGAAGGCGUUCGUGUGGGCGCCGCUGGACUUCUUUCCCGCGAAGUGGCACCCAAUCCUGUGCCACCUGGACCCGCUGGUUACCUACGACAGCGCCAAGCAUUCCACGAAGAGCUUCCGCCGCGCGCCGAGAAUGUUCUCGAAUCGAGACAGUCUUAACGUGGUGCUCCGUGAGGACUCUCACUACAAUUUGGAAAAAGAUCUCGGCGUGCUGCGGUCGCUCGUGACGUAUUGAUAACUUACAAUUUUGUGUGUGAAGAUGUCUAGUUUAAAAAGAUGAGCGUCUGUUGCUUUUCACCAAUUUUGUUGAGAAUCCAAAAAGCAAGAUAUGAAAGAAAAUCAUGAAAAAUUAUCUUUCAGCUUUUUCCGUCACGUGACUCUCGUCUGCAAGAGCUUCGAGUUUAUCCGCCCGCACCUGGAUUUUUUUCCGAACGUCCCGGAAUCGCUGACGAUUCAUCUCUGUGUGCCGUUCAUCCCCGGGCUGGGCAGACGCGACGGGGAGAUGUUCGACGCGAAGCAGCUGAAGCGCGUCACGGACAUGGCUAAGCGCACCCGACUGCCAAACAGCCCGAGACCCGCGGACCGGCUGAGUUCAGAAGAAGGCACGCGGCUGGUACGGAAACAGGAGCUCGCGCUCGCCGCCGACUUGACGGCGGACUUGCGGAGGUACGACGAAGAUAACGACUACGCGCCGGGGGUCAAAAUCGAAAAGGAAAUCGACAAAGAGUUCGUCGCCACGCACUACGAACUGGAAAAAUUUGAGCACCGGCUGGAGUCCUUGGUCCGGAUUCUGGCCCCCUGGGUGCAGGGCGGCCUACCCCUGCUGCGCAUCGAGUGCCACUACGGCCCCUUGCCGCGCGUAGCCGAGGACAUCGCACCCGAUGACGACGUCCCGCGCGCGUCGGCCCUGGAGUACGAAAUGUACACGGGAAAAAUGCUACGACGGAACGUAGACAAGGUAAUCAGAAGGUUUUCUUUUGAAUAACGUCGUUCACCUCUCUUGAUUUGGUGAGAAGGUUGAAGUUUAUGUUCAUCUCAUCUCAUCUUACUGCAUCAAGUUGCAAUCUAUUGCCCCUCUACUACAGGUGCGCGAGAGUUUCGACGCGUUCGGCCGGCACUUUAUCGCCUUGAACAAGCGCACCAUCGUGUUCGAGUCAGUCUUUGUGCCAGUAAGCAGCCGCGCGCAGUUCAAAGAGAUGGACUGGAAGUAUGACGCCGGCGGGUUAGGCCGGCCCAAGUUCCGCGUGCUCAGCACGCCGGAGCGUCACGCCGACAGCAAACAGUCAGACUCUGCGGACGAGGAGACGCUGUACUUCGGCAGAAAGACCGGCGCACGGAAUUUCCGGGAAAAGAUGAACCAGACGUCACGUGCUGACGCCGAGGGGAGCAGGACAAACUCUUUUGCGUUUACACACACCCGGGAUUCCUCCCACCCCUCGCACGCAGGCUUGUCUCGCGUCAUAUGAUGAGAACAGCAGUCCUCCGUCGUAGCAGGUUGGGAAACUUUCGGAUUUAUGACGGGGCAAAUACAAAUGACCCAUCAUUUGUGUAAUCGAAAGAAACAAACUGCGCAUGAUGCACGCGGUAGAAGCAAAC